CCAUUGCUUCACUGUGUGAAUGGAAAAUGCCCAUAAUAAGGCAAACGGACGUAGUACAAUCCACCUGCAUACAAUAGCUUAGUAGUGAGCGAAUCCCAGCAUCAGACGCGCGGCCUCCUUCAGUGAAAUAUUUUUGAAAAAUGAACUACAGUUUUUUAUGUAAAUAAAUUCGACGCAGUUUACAUAAUAUUUUUGGUGGUGAUAUAAGUGUUAAAACUAGUGACCGUGAUUAUUGUAUCGAAGUUGUUAUUAUCGAUAUAAAAAUAACGAUUAAGUGAUUAUUUAUUUUGGAUUCUCGUAAAACCAAUGAUCGAUAAUAACUUAGAAAUGUGCGUGAAACAUUAGCGUGUGUAACGGUUAUGUUUGAGACCUUGUGAAAAAUGUUUCAUUUAAUGUGUAGAUAUUUUAAGUGUUAAUAAUGUGUAAAUACUAUGCAUUUGGAUUGUACAGAGAUAAAGAAUCUAUGGAACUAGUAGUUAGUGUAAAUGUUUAAUAGUUUUUAUUAGUUAUUAUUUUAUGAACUCACAUGGUGACAGUAUUUACGUUGAGUGACCAUGGCGCCAUCAAGCGGCGGCCGCGAGUAUUAUUACAUUACAUGUCAGAGACCUCCGAACACGAUAAACUGGCUUUAAAUAGUUAUAGCUACUUGGCCGAGCCGGGAGACACAAUAGCCACAACCAAAGAAGAGGAAUGGGUGACCCGCAAGAAGAGUGAAGUGACGACAACGCGACAAAUCGCGACGAGAGUUAAACGCGAGCUUCUGUUGGAGGACGGUCGCAUUCUUAGCGACACUGGACCGAAGAUAUCUACCUCUGUUAAUGAAGACACUCACACUACAAAUUACCAACAAACAGAACACCGUGUACCUGAUGAAGAUAAAGGAGCUCAGGCACAUACAGAUGAAGUCGAUGGCCCUGUUGGAGCAUUGCCAGGGGGGGUGGUGGGAGGCGAGAUGGCGCCAGUUGGAGUCAAAGUCUUGACGACUUCGUGUGUAGUUGCCAACCCUGAAGGCAAGGUACGGGAGAGUUUUGACCGAAGAGUUCUGACCAAGAAUGUGACAGAGCGAGUCCGCGAGACCGAAGAGAGGUUCCACAGAGGUGACACUACUCAUGAGGCUCUCAUCACAGCCGUAAAUGAGACCCCCGAGGAAGAUAUCCGAGAUGCCUUGAGGGUUCAGACUGAGCAGCAACUGGCGUUGGUACCACGAGGUCCAACAGUGGUCAGAGACACUGUCGCUUAUAACACUACCAUCAAUACAGAUGACACGGAGGAACUGCGAGCGUUGCGACCGGAUGGGACGAUCGUGACUGAGACUCGACACACGAAAGAACAAGAACGACUUUGCGACGAAGAGUUGUCAAAAGACGAGGCGAAGUCGCUGGCAAGUGACAAAAGUUUUGUAGAAGAGACGGGCGGUACCGAGCGAAGAAAGCGGGUGGAUCUUGAACGGAGCACAGAUCUCAUGGCGGGUGGCUUGCGCGUCGCUACACAGCUCCACUCCCGUACACGCACUGAAGAAGCCGAGAGAGAAGGAAGACCAAAUAUGGAUGAUGAUUGGGACAGUCUCUCAGUUCGUAUGCGACGACAGCGCCGUCUUCGUCACAACGAGCACGAUAAAGAAUACACGAAACGACCGCUCGACUUCGACAUAGAAGAAGAGACGCGCAAAAAGGAAACAUCUAAGUGGCUUGAGAGUCACUUUGGCAGCGAAUCCCGUUCAUCCCACGAUUCCAUCGCUGAAGAGAUUGGACGACGACCUGAACCCGUUUUCUAUGCCAAAAAUAAAGCAGCAGAGGACGAAGGAUACUACGGAAAGACGUCGUCUGGACCACCACCACCGGCUUACGGAGAUCGAGUACUUCGCAAAACAAAGUCCUCUACACCUUCUGAUGAACGGACAGUUCCCCCAGUGAAUAGAACUGGAGGUUAUUUUAAAGGUGUUGCCGAUUGGUCACAGCGACGUGCUAGUAAGCCUAGAAUGCCUGAGCCACGUAGCUCUUCUCCCUCACCACCGACUGUUCGUUCACCAUAUGCUAGCGAUGAUCGGUUAAACGGUUCAUCACCCCGACACGUGUAUGGGAAACGUGAAUCGCCUCAAGGAAGAUCGUCGCCUAUCGGACGGCGUCAUCCGCCUUCGCGAGACGACUCCGCCUACGUAUCCUCAUCAACUAUGCAUAGUCCACCGCGUGGUUCGCCGUUUCGCCCUUUGGAAACAGACCGUUCCUUCCGGGAACCGUCUGUAGAUGACGAUUAUCGUCCUGUGGCACCCGAAAGAAAACGACACACCAAACAGAGGCUCUCUGAGGAACACCGUUACGACAGUGGUUACAGAAGCUCAUCUCGUAAUGAGAACUCGGGGCGGUCAGGUGAUAGUCGUGAUGAAGGAACUGCGGAACCACCUCCAGAUUAUUCUCCUCCAAGAGAUCGCCGCAGCAGUUCCGACCGUGAUCGGACACCACCGCGUCGUCGCGAUCGCGAGGAACGUAAACAAAAUCAAAAGACCCGUUUCGCCGAUAGUGGUCGACGACCGUCUCCAGUUCGAAAAUCUGUUGGUUCCGCGAUUGGGAAUUCUAUUAGGAAGUUAGUUGGUAAAAUUCGGUCAGCAUCGGCGGAACGCAAAGCAAGGUGGCGUAAUUCGCGCACGCCGUCGCCGGAGCAUUCGUCGCGUACGUACAAACAGUACGGUGGUGAGUUGGCGCCACCGGUUGCGCCUCCACACCGCUACUACCUCGGAGAGGACCCCUUCGCGCCCAGCAUUUACGGCCGAGAACAUAAGUACGAGGGCAGUUCGCGACGCACUGCCACUGUUGACGCUCGUGAUCACAGAGACCGGGGCCAAUCUUCAAAUACGCUAGGUCGAUUCAGUCACUCAACGAGUAGACUAAACCCGAACAGCGAACCUGAAGAGGAUUAUACAAGAAGCGCACAGACAUUGCCACGAAAAUUGCACGACCGCAAGGAGAAACCCACCGAGAAGCCAAGUUCAAACAAGUAUUGGCAUAGACUGACUCCCAAUAAACGGUCCAACAGUGCUGUAAACGUAUCCAACAAUAUAUCAACAUCACCGGACGGAAAAAUAAACGGAUACCCGCCUGGUCCAGCAAAGCCAGCGCGCACUUAUAAGGCUCUUAAUAGAAGCAAGAGUUUUGCUAUGGGAGCUCCAGAACAAGAAACUCAUCCACGUUACGUAUCCGGUAUAAACCGUAACUAUUCCACUAUGUACAAAUCUAACCCCCAUCUAAGUAGACUCGAUGAAACACCAGAACAGUUAAAAAGUCCAGGAAUCGUAUCAAUAAUAAAUCGUAGUCAACGAGACCUUGCCGAUGCUGUCUCUCGUGAAACUGAACGUCGAAAGGAUGGGUUGUUCGGAGCGAGAUAUGGAAAAACAACACCACUGUCUAAUGGACAUACGAAUGGAUUUAGCAAAUCACAUGAUAAUACCGAUAAGAAAAAGAUAUUCUUAAAAGGUCUUCGCGAACGUGCACCAGAAUUAUAUCAAACAUUACAUGCCGAUGACGAGUCAGACGGCAGUAGGCUUUCAUCUCGAUAUGGUACACCUUCGCCGCUUUAUAAAGAACGCAUUAGUGAAGAACGAAAGACUCCUUUAUACAAAACAGAUUCUUUAAACAGAGAAACGAGUCCUUUUGUUUCGCGCUUGGAAACACGAUUAAAAUCUCCAGCUCUCCGACGAGGAAGUAACAGCAGCGACAACUUCUCAGAAACAUACAGAUAUCAAACUCGCUCGGGAGACCCCGAAAGGCCAAGUAUUACUGAUACGGUUGAAACGGUAAGCAAGAAAGUAGUGCCAUCAAGAGAUGGUCGAUCAAAAGAAAUAAUUGAAUCGCGAGAAAUUAAUUCUGUUACUAAAAGCAGAGGCUACAAGGAGCCUAUUACGAAUGUUAAGUACAUCGAGAACGGUAUACGAUCACCGCUGGGUUAUGAAUUAAAAAAUGGUUAUACAGAAAGAAGGAGUAGUAAUUAUAGAGUAUCAGAGAAAAUUAGAGAUUAUUAGAAAUUAAAAUUAAAGGGCAAUAACGAAGAAACGUUUUUUUUUAAACAUUGUAUGCCAUAUUUUUUAAUACUUAAUAUAAAUAAAAGUCAAAUGCAGACUGAGCCUUAUGCUUUAGAUAUUAUAUAUCUGAAUGGUAACUGCAUAUUAAUAAUAUUCUUAUAACAAUUCGAUAAUAUGUAAGCAGCUUUUUGUUUUUAUGUAAAAAGUCAUGUAGCUUUACUAAUGUUAACCUUUAAUAUUCUAAUUCCGUCCAAUGUACGAAUUUUUAUUUAAUAUAAUUUAGGUAAGUAAUAUUAUUGACAAUUUAUUGUGAAUAGACUUAUGACACUCAUAAUAUUAUAUGAUAAUGAAAAUUUGUAAUAAACCAUUCAUAGGGAUCGAACAAAGCAUAGUAAUUGCACUAUAGUUACAAAAUGUGUUUUAAAAAAUGGCUUUGAAAAAUACGGUAAAAUUCUUGAAUUGUUUGAUUUACUAUUUAAUUGAAUUUAUAAUAUGUUAUAACCUAACGAGGUUAUCUAUUAUAUUAAUGAUUCAAGUACCAAAACUGUAUGUUAACUAAAAAUUUCCUAUCGAUUAAAAAUAUUCGGUUUUACUACAAAAAAUAUUUAUAACACUGUUUAUCUAAACAGUGUUUACCAAAAUGCUGGCUAAGUGAUUAAAUAUUGUUUAGUCAAUCUAAUAAUACCUAUUUGUAAAUUUAUAAGCCAAAAUAUAUAAAUUAUUACAAUAAAAUUUUAUUACAACAAAACAACAAUUUUUUUAUGAUAAUAGGUUUUCUUUUGUUUAGACUAAAAGAGAUAUUAGACGCGCUUUUGUAGCAAUACUUAUAAAUAUGUAUUGGACACCUGUCUAUUGCAAGUUAAUUUUUUUUGUGUGGUAAGAGGGAUUAAACCUAUUUUAAGAUUAAAGAAGUCUUCAAUCUUAGCACCUAGUGUCGUCUAAGGAUUACAGAUGCUCGUUCACCAUCUAAAUAACGUUAUUCAAUUGUUUUGUUUUUUUUUUUCUCAGUUUAAAGUAAGUUAUUAAUAUUGGUCGUAAUUUCUAUGCUUUGUUCGUUGGACAAAGGACAUAAUUAUAAUGAAAGUGUAUCAAUAAAAUUAAAUAUGUUAAUUUGCAACUAA